GAAGUGUUCCUUGAAAAUGGUGUACCAAAUUAGGGGAGCCAAAUCCUUCGACGUUUUCAAAGCAUCUAGGGCUUCUGGUGGAGCAGCAAGUGACCAAAGGCUUAGCUGUCUCUUUCAACCGAAAAACAAACACUGCAUUAAGGUACUGCUGUGUAUGAUUAUCUUCCUGUUGAUUCUUUUCUGGAUCGGGAUGGACAUUUAUAAAAAAUAUCAGGCGCGAAAGUUGGUUACUUCUGACACCAAUGAGGAGAUUGUUGAUGGUGGUGAAGAAGGGUUUUCUAACAUCAGUGCAAUAAGCUUGAGAGGAUCGAAAGAACCUUCGAGAUAUACGGGCUGUUACAUCGAUUCUUGCUGUAUUACCUGCAAAAGAAUGGAGGCUGACAACAUGAAUAUUCUCAUAGAGCAGUUGAUAAGGAAAUCAAAAGGCUGCAUCAGCUUCAAGUUGCUUAUCGAGAACCUUUACACGAGAAACAACGCAUUGUAUCAGGGUUGGCUUGAUUUGGGCAAGGAUGUUAAUUUCGAAUCGCUCGAGAUACAGAACUCAAGAGUAAGCCAGAUUCGAGAAUAUUCGUUCGAAAUGUCUUCCUGUAGUCAAACGUUGGUGCUUACCCUGGAUCGCCUGGACAUUACAGAAUUGAGAAGCCAUAUGUUCACGGGUCUGAUGCAGUUGCAGGAGCUUCGAUUGAAAUCUUUGCCAUUGAUGCUGAUUGAGCAAUCCGUCUUGCAUCCGUUGAGAUACAAUCUGCAAACUCUUCUGGUAGAAAGAAGCUUGUUCGGUGUGAGUCCGCAAGCUUUCACCGGAUCAAUUUUAAUGUUCCAAUUGAACAAUAUUUCUUUGAGACACAACAAUUUUGGAAACGUGAUAGAAGAUGAUGCCUUUCAGAUGACUCCAUGGCUAAAGCGUUUGGAUUUGAGCGAGUCGAGGAUAGUGAAACUCAGUAAAGGAUUAAUCGACAGGCUCAGUAGAACUUUUUUGAAACAUCUGCACUUGGAAAAUAACUUAUUAACAACUAUCUCUAACAAUACAUUUGAACGCUUGAGUGGCAUGCAUGUUAAAGUGUACCUCAAGGGCAACCCUUUCAAAUGUGACUGUUCGCUUUUGUAUUUGAAAGACAAGAUUUUAUCUCAACCACAGAUGUUUGAUGAAAUAGUGUGUUUCGAACCAAACGAACUUACUGGUGAUUUGGUAUCCGAGGCAUGGUUUUGUCCUACAACAACUACAAUUAGUACAAUAUCGACUACUGUUGAAACUACAUCAACUUCUCGUUCUACUCGGAACCCUGGAAAACCACCAACUCCUGAUGCUACAAAACCCACGGAUAGACCCUCCACACCACCAGCAACCGAUUUUCCUUCGCUAGAACCUUGUUCAACUACUCCACCAAGCGUAUCUUCAACGCAUCCCUACACUACGUUUAAACCACCACAGCUAUACUCCAUGCAGUGUCUAUCAACAGGGCUGCCAGUCGAUACAGAUAUGGCACCAUACUACGGGUCACAACUUGAAAUUAUGCGUCGAACAAAAGUGUUUUCCAUAACCGAUGCUCAACUGGGUGCUGUCGAGAUAGUUUUGGACAAGCCCUACCCGAAUUCAACGAUCAUCUGGUUCCACGACCCAGCACCAAAAGGUGUCGUAUUUGCCGUGAAUCUGGAGAAAGCUGCCCACUGCGUAGACAUCUUUGGACGCAGCAUCCGCAUCAACAAUCUGCAGCCGGAUAGAAACUACAUCUUCUGUGUGUUCCCUCGUAAUGCUAGUUCGAUUUCCCCGUUCGAUUGUUUACCGUUCCGAUUGCUUCCCGCAUCCAAGCAGAGAACUUGGAUGGUCGAAGAUGACAAAAUCAUGAUGAUCAGCGUCAUGAUCUCCUCCGUACUGAUUGCCGUCUUGACCGGUGUAGUUUUCAUGUACUGCUUUAACAAAACCUUCCCAUCGCAUCCGAAAAAUCAUAGACUACCGGCUCCGAGGCUAUCCAUUGAAAAUACUGCAACAAACCAGUGCUACAUGACACCACCUGCUGCCCCCAGUGCUCCCAGAAUGUCCCAUCCGAGUGUGCUGAGUCGCAGCAAACGCAGCGCAUCCGACACUAGCCUCGAGAGCUGUCGCAGUAGUCGUCCAUCGGCCACGGCUCCGACUAGCAAGAUUCAGUUCAUCACCUGGCGAAUGGAGGAACAUCACUAUCCGGCUGCAUCGAAGCCGUGCUGCAAGGGCAGCUUUCAUCAUCAGUACCACCAGCAGUCUGACCGCCAGGAACAUGAAUUGACAACCAGUGAAGAGGGGCUGGUGUUUGAUACCUGUCAUCAGGGUAAAUGCUGUCAGCAUGAUUUUUAA